AUGGCGGCGGGAGUGAAAAGAAAAGCAGAGACUCUUCCACCGGAAGAGAGUGAUUUGUUGGUGAUACGACCAUUAGGAGCAGGUCAAGAGGUGGGACGUUCAUGUGUUAUGCUUGAAUUCAAGGGAAAGAAAAUAAUGCUUGACUGUGGAAUUCAUCCGGGGAUGCGUGGAGUGGAUGCUCUGCCUUUUACAGAUUUGAUUGAUGCGAAUGAAAUUGAUUUGCUGCUUGUGAGCCACUUUCACUUGGAUCAUUGUGGAGCCUUGCCUUGGUUUUUAGAAAAGACUACAUUUCAUGGUCGAGUGUUUAUGACUCAUGCAACGAAGGCUAUUUAUAGGUGGAUGCUGUCUGACUACAUCAAAGUCAGUAACAUAUCAACCGAGGACAUGUUGUACAGCGAGAAAGAUCUAGAGAGCAGUAUGGACAAGAUAGAGACAGUUAACUUUCACCAGGAAACUGAAGUGAAUGGCAUUAAGUUCUGGUGUUAUCACGCUGGUCAUGUGCUUGGGGCUGCAAUGUUUAUGAUCGAAAUUGCAGGAGUUAAGAUUCUCUACACUGGAGAUUUUAGUCGAGAGGAAGACAGACAUCUUAUGGCUGCUGAAAUUCCUCAAAUAUCACCAGACAUUCUGAUUACAGAGGCAACUUAUGGUACUCAGAUACAUGAGAAAAGAGAAGUCAGAGAAGCAAGAUUCACAAGUACUGUACAUGACAUUGUUAAUCGAGGUGGCAGAUGUCUUAUUCCUGUCUUUGCUCUUGGCCGUGCACAAGAACUACUUUUAAUUCUUGAUGAAUAUUGGGAUCAACAUCCUGAGCUGCACGACAUUCCAAUCUACUAUGCUUCAUCUCUGGCAAAGAAAUGCAUGGCUGUGUAUCAGACGUAUGUGAAUGCAAUGAAUGAGAGAAUUAGAAAACAAAUUGCUAUUUCUAAUCCAUUUAUGUUCAAGCACAUUUCGUAUUUGAAGGGUAUUAGUCAGUUUGACGAUAUUGGACCUUCAGUUGUGAUGGCUAGUCCAGGAAUGAUGCAGAGUGGUUUGUCGAGGCAGCUUUUUGAAACAUGGUGUACAGACAAGAGAAAUGGUGUUCUGAUUGCUGGCUAUUCAGUUGAGGGGACUCUUGCAAAGCAUCUGAUGUCAGAACCAGAAGAAAUAGUGACAAUGUCUGGGCAGAAGAUGGCUCGCAAGUGUUCUAUUGACUACAUUUCUUUCUCUGCUCACACUGAUUAUGAGCAGACGAGUCAUUUCGUUCGUGUUCUGAAACCGCCUCAUAUUAUAUUGGUGCAUGGUGAACAGAAUGAAAUGGGAAGACUCAAAUCUGCUCUACUGAGAGAGUAUGAAGAUAAUGAGGAGACAAGUAUUGUUGUCUACAAUCCCAAAAACACCGAAGGAGUAGAUCUUCACUUUAGAGGGGAAAAGAUGGCCAAGGUGAUUGGCAGUCUGGCUGCGGUCAAGCCAAGAGAUGGUCACAAAGUGUCUGGUGUUUUGGUGAAAAAAGGGUUCUCUUACCAGAUUGUUGCACCAUCAGAGUUAUCAGCAUAUACUGACUUGGCUACAAGUGUAAUCAAACAGCGUCAAACAGUAGCAUUUACAGCUCCCUUGUCGGUCCUCGACUAUUAUCUGCAACAACUUGCUGGCAAUGUUGAGCAACAUGUUGUGCAGGGAAAAUCAGCUCUUCGGGUGUUUGGUUGCAUUACAGUGAUCAAGGAUAAAAGUGGUGUCAUACUUGAGUGGAUUGCUAGUCCCGUGAACGACAUGUACGCUGAUGCAGUACUGACAACAGUUUUACAGAUAGACACAGAACCAUCUCAUGUAGCAGAUGCUUUGUCAGACGCUCCUCCAGUCAGACUGCCUGAUGAUGACGCGUUUCCAGAGAGGGUAAUUAAAUUGCUGCAGGAAGUAUUUGGUGAGGAAAGGGUAGAUAUGUCAGAAGACGGCCUUGCUAUAGUAGUCUCAACGGAUGCAUCUGCAGCAACGAUUGAUGUGGAUACUCUAGAGAUUUCUUGUCCUGAUGACAGUUUACUCAGUCUGAUAUCAUCAGCUGUUAGAAGACUUCACGUAGCAUUGACACCAUGCAAAGGUUCUACCAAGAACUAGUUGAAUUGCUGCAAGAGUUAUUCUCCGACGUCUGUAAGGUUGAAAACAGAUGUUCAGUGUGCAGUUUGCGUAUCAUUUUCCUUGGUGUUUGAUCUCAAACUCAGGAGAAAGUGAUUCAUUGAAUACUUGCGUAUGGAAGUGUAAUAAUUUUAAUUUAUAAUAAAUAAUUACGUUUUUAGCCAUA